AUGAAGUGCUACGUGACUGUGAUCUUAAUCCUGGAGCUGGUGCUCAGCUUCAGCUCCGCGACUAGUCGUCACUUGCCGCGCGUGUUGCCCUACGCUGAGGGUGAACAGGGUGUUCCCGUGUUUGGAGAUUGUGAGUUUCGCGUAAACGGUGAUCUCAAUGAUCCUGCUCCGCUCUUCGCGCGACAUGACUUUUACGAGCUAAUCGUGCCCGAUCCCACGGACACAGUGCGUCUAACCAAUGGCGAACUGCUCGACAUGUUCUGCCCGGGUGCUGGCUUUGCAGCACCCUUUCAAAAUCGCACACAACUUACUGUACAGUGCCUGCAGCAAAAAUACUUCCUGGUCGACAAUCUGAUCUAUCCAUUUGCCAACUUUAGCUGCGCUGCGUGGCCCAGCUACACGGCGCUGCGCACCGGGCGUCAGUGCAAUGGUGGCACUGAUCUGGUCAAGGUGGGCUUUCAGCUGGAUGAUGAUGGCUUUCUGCAAACCUACGAUGUCUGCCAUGAUGAGCUAGCCGAGGUCACACGCUAUGUACACCAUGUGCUGUAUCCCUCUAGCUACGAUUACCAACAUGGUGUGGCGCGGCCGAGUUUCGUAGAGCUGGACUUCUACGGCGGGCGGGACGUUAAUACCAAGUACACACAAGUCCAGCAAAAUAUUACAAUUAGCGAGAUUUUGGGCAUGGAUGCCUCGCCCUACUUUAAUUACACCGAAGAUCGCAUUUUAGCUCGCGGCCACAUGGUUGCUAAAACGGAUCAGAUAUUCGGUGCGGCACAAAUGUCUACCUUUCUGUUCAUCAACGUGGCCCCGCAAUGGCAGAGCUUCAAUGGCGGUAACUGGGAGCGUAUUGAGACGAGCGUUCGCAAAUUUGUGGCCGAUCGGAAUUUGACAGUUGACUGCUAUACCGGCACCUGGGGCGUCUCCACGCUGCCCGACAUCGAUGGCAUUGAGCGUGAACUUUAUCUCGACUUUGAUGAGAACAAUAAUGGUCUGAUACCAGUGCCCAAAUUAUACUUCCGUGUCAUUAUUAAUCGUGCCAGCCGUGAGGGCAUUGUUCUUGUGGGUGUUAACAAUCCCUAUGUCAGCUUGCAACAAAUUCAAAGUGAUUACACAGUGUGCGAAGAUAUUGGACAUCAGCUGAGUUGGGUUUCUUGGCUUAAAGAGGAUCUGCAUGAGGGCUUUUCAUAUGCUUGCACUGUGGAGGAUUUCACAGAAGUUGUUAAGGACUUGCCGCUUGAUGAUCUGCACACGAAUGGAAUACUUGGCCUGGAUAAUGAGUCAAGCACCACCACCGAAUAUCCCAGCACCGUUUCUACAGUCAGCACCACUGAGGAGCCCUCGACAACGUCGCCUGCAAGUACCACCGAGGAUCCUAGCACCGUUUCUACUAAGAGCCCCACUGAGGAGCCAUCAUCGACGUCGCCAUCAAGCCCCACCGAAUAUCCUAGCACGGUUUAUACAGUCAGCACAACUGAGGAGCCCACGACAACGUCGCCAGUAAGCUCCACCGAGUAUCCUAGCACGGUUUCUACAGUCAGCACCACUGAGGAGCCGUCGACAACGCCACCAGGAAGCUCUACCGAAUCAUCUAGCACCGCCGCUCCGACAGUCUCAACGACUGCAGCGCCUACAACUCCGCCGGAAAGCUCUACCGAAUCCUCCAGCACAGCAUCAAGUUCAACUGCAACAACCGGUGCACCGGUCACCCCAACUGCUAGUCCGUCUCCCACUCCUAAUCCCGAUCAAUGCUACUUUAGCACCAAUGGCGAUCUUAGAGAUCCUGCCCCACUGCUUACGCCACAGGGCGCACUAAGUUGGCUUUUGCCCACUGAAUCGGGUAUUUAUAUUGUCGAUGAUGGAUCCAGCAUUAAUUUGCACUGCACAGCAGCGCUGGCCACGCCCUUCAAUCGAUAUACCGCACUAACGGCACGAUGUGUGGGCAAUCAGAUGUACGAGGCAGAAGGCCUGAAUGUAGAGAUAGGCGCAUUUAGCUGCCAAACAUGGCCCAGUUACGAAGCCGUGCGCACUGGUGACCCCUGCGAGGGCGGCACUGAGCUACUUAAGAUUGGAUUCAAUGUGGCCGCCGGCCUGUUAACGCAGCUGGAGCUCUGCUAUGAUGAGCAGGCACAGAUAACACGCUACGCACGCUACGAGCUGACGCCAGCCAAUGUUGCCUAUCAGCGGAACGUGGCACAGCCGGGCUAUCUGCGUGCCGACUUCUAUGCUGGCAAGGACGUCAAUGUGUUCUACAGUCAAUCGCAUCAGCUUGAGGCGCUCAGCGAUAUUCUCGGCUUAGACGCGAGUGAGUACCUGGACAGCAGUCGCGACUUCUAUCUAACACGUGGACAACUCGCUGCUCGCCAAGAUUUUGUGCACGGCUCAGCGCAACGUGCCACCCACUUCUAUGUAAAUGCGGUGCCACAGUGGCGCAGCAUUAACAUCGGUAACUGGCUGGCUGUGGAACGUAGUCUGCGCCAAUUUGUGGCCAAUGAGGCGCUGAAUGUCAGCGUGCAUUCAGGUAGUUGGGGCGUGUCCACAUUGCCAAGUGCCACCGGCGAACAGACGCCGAUCUAUCUGGAUGCAAGCGCACAGCAGCUGCCUGUGCCUCGGCUGGUAUAUCGCAUUGUCAUCGAUCAGCUGAGUCGCAAGGGCAUUGCCUUGGUUGUGGCCAAUAAUCCACAUGCCAGCCUUUCCGAGAUUCUGCAGGAAUAUGUUGUGUGUGAGGAUGUGGGUGCACAGCUGGAUUGGCUAGACUGGGAAAAAGCGCAGAUCGAGAAUGGCUAUGCCUACGCAUGCUCUGUGGAAGACUUUACUGCUGUGGUCAAGGAUCUGCCACUGGAUCAGCUACACACCACAGGCUUGCUAGGUGUAACUGAAUUCGACGAAGGGCAGCCCCAGCAGCUGUGCAACUUUCGCGUGAACGGCGAUCUUAACGAUCCAGCUCCGCUUUUUGUUCUGCGUGACGCACAGAAUACGCCACAAUAUCUGCAGCCCAAUACGCAGGGUCUUGUGGAGCUGAAGCACGGAGAGACAGUUGAGCUGCAUUGCAGCGGCUCAAGGGGCUUUCAGGGACAAUUCGCGGGCUAUGCUCAACUAAAUGCCAGCUGCUGGCAACACGAGAGUUUCCUGGUGCUUGGCAGUGUCUACCAGAUCAACGAGUUUGUGUGCACCUCCUGGCCAAGCUACACAGCCCGACGCACAAAUCGCCAGUGCAAUGGCGGCACCAAUCUGUUGGAGGUAGGCUUCCAGCUAGCCAACAAUGCGGAAUACGACGAUUUCCUGCAAACGUACGAUGUAUGCCACAAUGAGCUGGAAGAGGUAACACGCUAUGUGCACCAUGUACUGACGCCCAGCAGUGCACAGUAUCAGCGAUCUGUUAGCCGGCCCAGCUUUAUAACUGGUGACUUUUAUGGCGGCAAGGACGUCAACGGCAAGUACACACAGGUGCAGCAGAACAUCACAAUCAGCGAAAUUCUGGGCAUGGAUGCCUCGCCAUAUUUCAAUGUUAGCGGCAACGUGUAUCUGGCCAGGGGCCACCUGUCCGCAAAGACGGACUACAUUUUUGGUGCCGCCCAGCAGGCGAGCUUCUUCUUUGUGAAUGCCGCGCCCCAAUGGCAGACCUUCAAUGCGGGCAACUGGGAGCGCAUCGAGGAUAGCGUGAGGAAGUUUGUUGCCGAUGAGAACAUUACCGUGGAUUGUUAUACAGGCACGUGGGGCGUCUCCACGCUGCCGGAUGCAGAGGGCGUGCCCCACGAGCUCUAUCUGGACUUUGAUGUGAAUAACAAUGGUCUAAUACCAGUGCCCGCGUUAUAUUUCCGUGUGAUUAUCGAUCGGGAUAGUCGCAAGGGCAUUGUGCUGUUGGGCGUUAACAAUCCGCAUAUUAGCCUGCAGGAGAUUCAGGAAGACUACGUUAUCUGCCCAGACAUUGGUGAUCAAAUCAGCUGGAUUAGCUGGACCAAGGAAGAUCUAAAGAAGGGUUAUUCGUAUGCCUGCACUGUAGAAGACUUCAUAGAAGUUGUCAAAGAUUUGCCAUUGGAGAGUCUGCAAACGAAUGGCAUAUUAGGUAUUUCGACGUAA